UUAAUGAUAAAAAUCAGUCCAGAACAAAAUAGCAAUGCUUAUGGAAAAAAUAUAAUGUUGCCUCUUUGCAUUCUUUCAGAAUCCCAUUUCUGUUUGGAAUUAAGUUUCUAGAGUAGCCAUAGACAUGGCCUCAUGCAGUAUUAUGCCUGGAAGUUACCAAAUGAUGAUGCCACAAUUGUCACAAGUUAUGACAAACAAAACUAAUUAAAGGUGUUCCUAGCUAUUGUUUAAUCUAGAAAACCAGAGACUUUGAUGUAGAAGUGCCUCCAAACUGCAUAUGUGCUCCUUCUGGGAGAACAUAGUCCAAAUCUGGAUUAUGUUAGAAAUCUACCAAUUUCACAACAAAUACCUCCAUGUUACUUGGAUAUACGUGUGUGUGUGUGUGUGUGUGUGUGUGUGUGUGUGUGUAUAUAUAAUUUUAUUAUCCCUUUAUUAUUUAGCACAGGCAAGGUUUCAGGGAUUAUCUAAAGAUGUUACAGAGGGAAAACAUGUGUCUAUCAUUUCCAUUUUGGAGAAUAUCAUUGUGAGAUCUGGAGUUGGGCGCAAACCUAAAAUACAGAAUGUAGGACAAUGUGUAGCAAAGCAAAAUGUAAGAAUGUGAGCUAAUCACUUAGCAUCCUUUCUCCAAGUAGUAAAAACCCAUGGUGAAACUUUCCUUAUUUUCGGAUGAUUGUCCAGCCAGUCAGGAUUCCUUUUGUCCCAUUGUUUUUGUGUAUCUCCAUAAACCAUCUUCCUCAUUUUCUAUAGUUCUCUCAAGAGCAAAAUAAUAUAUUUUCAGGUUUCAGAAAAGUCUAGAUUUGUUUUUGUCACUUGAUAGAGAACCCAACAACUUCUAAAAUAGAUUGACUUGGCUGUAUCCAAUGUACAUCUCUGAAAUCAGAUGAACAUGGUCUGGAAACAUGGUCUGUUUCCCCAUCCAAGGUUACUAACACAGACACUUAGCAAUUAGGUGUCCCACCUAUUAGUAUUUUUUAGGUUUUCUGGAAAUAGAUUUGUUCCCUGUUGAAGAUUUUAUUUUUAAGUGUUUGUGACAGUUCUAAAAGCUUACAUCCUCCUUUCCAAAUCCAGUAAUUAAAUUCCACCUACCUGAAUUCCCCCCUGCUGUUUCAAUUGAACAAAUUAAUCUUCAUACUAUAUUUUAACUGUAAUCGGAAAUGUUAAACAGCUGUUUUUGUUAAAAUAAGAGAUGAAAUAUAAAAGUGACUGUAUCUUGGGUUUGGAAAGCAUGUAAUUUUUUCAACAAAAUAUUUGGAUGUUCUUUCUUUGCUUAAUUUGUUUAAUUUAUGCAUUAACAAAAUCAGAAAUCACCCUGUAUCUUUUUUGCACAAAUUUUCACAACAACAAUAGUAUUGCAGAAUAGAUCUACACGGAAGUAAGUAAAAUAAAGUUGUGCCAUGUUGCUUGGGAAAAAAUGAUUUUUAAGGCUUUCCCACCAAUUAUUUUUUUCUCAGCAAUUUAUUCUUUCCUAAAGCAUAGAAUGAUAGUUCGAUACCCAAUAUCAAUUGUCUCUGCACAAACUAUUAUAUGUGAUUUCACUGUGUUUUCAUUUGGUAAUAUUGAUGAAAUGUAUCUUUUAAAAAAAAAAUAGAGAAAAACAAAAAUAUCUAUUGUGCUGGAAUAAAGUGAGUCUUUUAACUAUUCACUUUUAGGCUUGUAAAGGAAGAAUUGUCUCCAGGCAAAAAAGUAAGGAAAUACCUUUAAGUUGGAAAGCACAGUUGAAUCCUCCUUAUAGUAGUGGAUGUAUCAAAUGCCUUGCAGAAGUAUUACAAAAAUGAUUAAACACAAAAGACUUCUGUGCACUGGAAAUUCUAGGUAUCUUCAUCACAAACCAAAAAGUUAUCAAUUGUUGCUAAUUAUUGCAGAAAUAUCAUGAAAUGUUGUUAGAAGAGACAGAAGGUAGAUCCAGAUUUACUAGUGCAUCCCUGGAUAAUUUACUCUUGAUGGGCUAUUAGUAACUAGCUGUAGGAGCAUCCUAGACCCAUCUUCCUCAGCCUGCAUGUUAUGUGGCAACUAACUGUGCAAACUUUAGUCUAAAAGAACCAGAAGUUUUGUUAAUCUUGGUGUAUACACUAACCAGGAUUUAAGAUUUCCAAUUAUUUAACAAUAAGAGCAACAAAGCAACCCCUCCCCCCAAAUACUGUUGCUGAAAUAGCAACACUAGUAAUAAAAUGGGUAGCUAGGAUAUGAACCCCUGUUUGAUUUUGGUGGUUCAAAUAAAAUUUCAGGCUUAAAAGUCUUUAAUUCUGAAUAAGUGACUUUUGAGCAAAGACAAGAUGCCACAAGCUUGGAAACUGCCCACCCCUACCUAAAAGAAGAAUUAUUUCUCAAGUUGUGCCUCUGCAAGAAGUCUCUUCUUAUGGUUCUUCCUUUUGCUUCAGGGACCACCAGGAGAAGAUUAUGCAAAGGAAGUAGUCCAGAUGCAGGCAGCAACUUGCAAUACUGGGCACUGCAUAUGCUUGGCACACCUUCCUCUUCUGUCCACACCCUCCCACCAAAGGGAAGGGAGAAUCCACCCCCCCCCCCCCGCCAACCUCUCAUGAAGGGAGGCAUGUGAGUAUUACUGCCUGACACGGAGUAAAGCCGGGAAAGUAUUUUUCAUACUGACUGUCCUGCCUACCUAUUGGUGUAAUAACGGGCAAAGGAUAGACGAGGGCGGGAUGAAGAAGCGGGAAAAUUGCGCAACUGGAGGCUCUUCUUUCCCUCGCGCGCUUCGCCUUGAAAUAACUUCAGCUGACUCGCAGCCAGGAUGGGCGCCCGAGGGGUUAGACGGAAGCUGACACCAACGCGCAGGGCAUCCCGCUAUUCGCACCCAGCUGUUCUUCGCCCCGAUCCUCUGAAGCGGGGCCCGUAAAUGCCAAGGAAACACCAAGUGUGCGAAGGCGGUCAGCAGCCUUAGGAUCGCGAGUUGUUGUGGCGCCAUCAGCCAAACCGCAUCUUUUCCUCAUAGACGGCUCUCCUUCCCCCUCCUGUCCGAACCGGGUCGGGUGUUUUCUCCCCAAACUCGCUCCAAAGUUGCCGCCUUUUGGCCCCCAGCCCCAUCCCAACUCAGGCAGCCGAGUCCGCGCCGGCCCGGAGCGAAGCCGGCCUCUCGAGCUCUCUCACCCCUCACGCUCGCUGCCAAUCCAAGCCGGAGCCUCCCCGGGGGCUCAGGCGAUCUCAAUCCUCGCGGGGAGCCAGCAGCACGGCGGCGGCGGCGGCGACAGCUGCGGCAGCGAAGCGGAGGGCAGGAGGCGCGACAGCCCUUCCCGGCGGGCGAGCUUGACCUGGGUAAGGGAUAAAUAGGCAAAGCGAAGCGCGCCACCCCGCCUUGCCUGUCAAUUCGGCCCGGGAGUGCGCGGUCGGCGGGGGAAGACUACUAUUCCCAGGGCAGGAGGAAGAGCGGCGGACCGAUCCGCGGGCGGGAUUUCAUCCGAAAUCGGUGCCAGGAGAGGCGGGGGUAGAGACUCUCCCGCUUUAUGCCAGUGGCUUGAGCCACGGAGGGAUCCCUUCCCUUGGCGCCCGGGAACCCGGCAGCAGGCAGAGCCGCCGGGGAGAACUGCUCGUCUCCGAUCCGCGGCUCGAAGACCCAUCCGCUCCGUUUCCCCACCCCUGGCGCCUCCCCCUCCGGUUCCCUCCUCCCCUGCCCGCCAACCCCACGCGGGGAGGACGGCCCGGGACUGCCUGCCAGCGCCGUUCCCGCUCCUCUCCCUCCUCUCCUGAGCUGCUCCGGAGGGGUGGGGAGUGGGGGGGUUACUUCGCCAUGCCCCUCGCGGGGCUCGCCUGAACUCAUCCCGCCGGCAGCGCUCUUGCCCGCUUCAGAGGGGCGGGAAGCGUGCCAGUCAGCUCCACAACCCCGCCCCGCCUCGCCGCUUUUCGAAAGCCAGGAGACUUUUUUUUCCUCUUCCCCCCCUUUCCCACCUCCGCCGCUUCCCUCGCUUUUCUCCAAACUAAAGAUGAGGCGGAUGAGUCGAAGGCUGGCGUUGUCUGUCCUGGGGAUCUUGUGGAUCGCCGCUCUCCUUCUCUUUCUCGGGGCCAGGAGGAAGUUGGAAGCGGCGGGACCCGAAGGGCGGCAGACGCCAAAGGAGGAACAAUUGGUAGCCACCAGUGAUGUGCAGCCUCAUCACUCCCAUCAUGAAAAAAAAUGUAAAAGGAAAAAGGAUUCUGACAUUGAUUGGGAUGAUCUUUGGGAUCAAUUCGAAGAAAGAAAAUAUCUGAGUGUUCGGAGAUGGAAAGGCGGAGAAGAUCCCUAUCGAUUGUACGCCUUUAACCAACGGGAGAGUGAACGGAUGCCCAGUGACCGUGCCAUCCAUGAUACUAGGCACCACAGGUGCACUACAUUACACUAUCGUGCAGAUCUGCCACCAACCAGCAUCAUUAUCACUUUCCAUAAUGAAGCUCGGUCUACAUUGUUGAGGACGAUAAGAAGUGUGCUGAACCGAACCCCAGUGCACCUGGUCCAUGAAAUCCUAUUAGUAGAUGACUUCAGCGAUGAUCCGGAUGAUUGCCGUUUGCUGAUCAAGCUUCCCAAAGUGAAAUGCCUGCGCAACAGUAGAAGAGAAGGUUUGAUCCGAUCCCGCAUUCGAGGAGCAGAUGUGGCCCAGGCAGGGAUUCUUACCUUUCUAGACAGUCACUGUGAGGUGAACAAGGACUGGCUGCUUCCUCUUUUGCAGAGGAUCAAAGAGGAUCCAACCCAUGUGGUGAGUCCAGUUAUUGAUAUCAUCAAUUUGGACACCUUUGCCUAUGUGGCAGCUUCUUCAGAUCUAAGAGGAGGAUUUGACUGGAGUCUUCAUUUUAAAUGGGAACAACUUUCCUCAGAGCAAAAAGCCAAGCGAACAGAUCCCACAGAGCCCAUCAAGACUCCUAUCAUUGCUGGGGGCCUUUUUGUAAUUGACAGGGCCUGGUUCAACCGUCUGGGAAAAUAUGAUGCUGCAAUGGACAUCUGGGGCGGGGAGAAUUUUGAAAUCUCUUUCCGAGUGUGGAUGUGCGGCGGGAGCUUGGAAAUCAUCCCCUGCAGUCGAGUUGGCCAUGUCUUCCGAAAGAAGCAUCCUUACAUCUUCCCAGAAGGAAAUGCCAACACUUAUAUAAAAAACACCAAGCGCACGGCAGAAGUGUGGAUGGAUGAAUUUAAGCAAUACUAUUAUGCAGCCCGGCCUGCAGCUCAAGGGAGACCAUAUGGAGACAUUCAAAGCAGAGUGGAACUGAGAAAGACCUUGAAAUGUCACACAUUCAAGUGGUAUUUGGAAAAUGUCUAUCCAGAGCUUAGAAUACCUGAGGAAUCACUGUACCAGACAGGAAUGAUUCGGCAGAGACAGAGAUGUCUGGAGUCCCAGAAAAAUGAAGGACAGGAGUUCCCAAUGGUGAUCUUAAACCCCUGCAUCACCAGCAAAGGUGCAGCAGCAGCGGCACAGGAAUGGAUAUAUACAUAUAACCAGCAAAUCCACUUUCAACAGUUAUGCUUGUCCAUACAUACCCUCUUUCCAGGGUCCCAGGUGAUGCUUUUGCCUUGCAAAGAAGAGGAUGGCAAGCAGCGCUGGAACAAAGUUGGUUCUCACAUUGAACAUAUGGCUACACGCUAUUGCCUGGACACAGAAAUGGUGGGAGAUAGCAGUGAGAGCAUGAGAGAAGUGGUCAUUAAUCCCUGUGAAAGCACGGCAAUGAGUCAGCGGUGGGAAAUGGUGAUGUCCUGACCUCAUCUAUCAAUUCACUAUCAAGCUCAUCUGGAAGGACCUUUGUCAGAGACUGGCAAGGCUGUUGUCCAGUUUAGGGAUUGGUAUGGGCUUGCUUUUCUGCAGGGCAGGUCAAAGAAAAAGAACAUGCAAUUGUGCUGAGGUUGAAGAAAGGCUCACAAGUGCUGGCUUUAAGACCAGAGUAGUAACUAUCCCAGGUUGGGGGUGAUAUAUGUGAACUGUUAAGAACACUACGAUUUAAUCUAGAAAUAUCUUUCGGUAACAUUCAUCUGUUAGCUGAAGCAAAUAGGACCUUGUUUUUGAGAAGGAAACUUUCUGAAAUUGAUAAGUGCAAUAUUUAAUUGUCUUUGUUACGAAGGUUAUUGAAAAUCCUUGGAAAAUAAUAAGUGAGCAAGGUGAUUCUAAUGGAAGAAAGAUGGAGAAAAGAGAAGCUAAAUCUUGUAAAAGCACAUGAAUGGUCAUGGUGCGGAAGAUUAGAAAAGGCCAACAAAUCUUGCACUUUGAAUUGGUAUAACUAAGCACAUCUCUGAAAUAAGUUUGAAAUACGCUAUAUUGCACAUGAGAAUUUGAAUGUGAACUCUGCUUUUGUGCAAUAGAAAUUGUAUGUAGUGUGAUUAAAAUCUAUGCAUCAGAGAGGGAGGGAAAUAGAAGAAGAAAGUGAAAUCUUGCACUUUUCUUCAACUCUGAUUAUGUGUGAAUGAAGGAAGAGGAAAUAUUUAUACUAACUUCAGUGCAAGGUUUCUUUCAGAAAUGGAAAUAUAUAAGGACCUGGUCCAGAAAUCAUGAAUGUCCCCUGGAAAGGGAGUGGGGACAAGAUUCUCCAUUCUAACUCAGCAGAGGGCUUACAUUCAGCACAUAACUGGCACAUAACUGGCCCUGACCCUUGUCACUUCCCCAGAACUGAUACGAAGAAGGACCAGGAGAAUACAAAGUGAAAGGUAGAUGGAGAGUAGCAUGUACCUUCCUCCCAUUUUCUCAGAUGGCCUGGGACCGGGGGGGGGGGGGGUGGAAUCACAUGGUGAUCAACCUCUAAAUUCCAACUUGUCAAUUUCUGGUAUUAGUUAUAUCUUGUUUUCUUGUCAAAUUCACCCUCUUCAUUUACCCCAUUAAGACUGAACACUUGAGCUAACUAAGUAUAGAUAAUUUACAGAAACUUGAAGAAGAUAAGAUCACAUUAAUUGCAGAGACACUUUCGUUGUUGUAUUUUACUGACCAUGUUGUCUCUGGGUUGGGGCGGGGGGAGGUUGUUAAAUAAGAGCAAUUUUAGCAAAAUCACUGGAUAGAUCAGAUCAUAGAAGCGUAAGGAGGGAAAUGAAUUGUACCAAUACAGAAAUCGGUGAUGCCACUUAAAUCAAGAGUGGCCCAGAUAUGAAUAUGGAUUUGUAGUAGGAACUACAUAAAAUUCAGCUGAACCCCAAAUUGAUCCAAACCUGGGUCUUAAUGAAACAAAGCAGAAUUCUCACAGUAGCUGACACUGACCUAGGAGCUUUAGUGAAUGAUUUCAUACUUUGCAGCAUUACAGAAAACUGGUUCCAUGCUUGCAAAAAGAAAAUAAAAGCUGCAUUUCUCUGUUAAAAAGCAGGAUGGGAAAAAAGGAAAGAAAAGGAAGGGGGAAGUGUUGAGUUAGUUGCAAUUUUCCGAUCUGCCACCUGAUUAAAGACUUACAAGAAACCAGGAUAUGCUAACAAGAACAGUAAUGUUUCUUGCAAUGUGUUGGUUCAUUUUUAAGGACCAUAAAAAAUCCUCUCCACAUUCCUAGGUCAAUAGGUGAAUGUUAACUGUUUUAAGUAUAAAGGAAGCAUUGUUUAAACUAGUGCUCUCUUCAGCACAUGCCAUUUAAUUCUAUAAUAACGAUUCCUCUGUCUAUAUGCUUAUUGUUGCAUAUUUCCAGACAAAGAUUGCUUCUAAAAUGUCAGCCUGGUGCCCUCUAUACAGUAUAUGUUGAAGCUAAUCCUGUCUUGCAAUUAGGGGCACUGAAAUACUGGGCAGAGGAAGCCUGCAAAAGGUAAUGCUGGUGCUGUCACAAUCCCUUCUAAUCUGCACAGAAACAUUCUGCCUCUCUGUGUUGUGAGUGAUUCAUGCCUCUAUUUGAGAAAGCGGAUUAACACUUUUCCAGUUAUUCCAUCUCUGGGAUCUCAGAUGAAACCACUGCUGUUUGUAAUUGUAAUGUGACUUUCAUGGUUUAAAAACCUUGGAAUAAGGAAAAUUUUCAUAUCAUAAAAUCAAUAUUUUGCUAUUUAAA